AUGGCAUUACGACCUCCAGCCAAUUGCCCGGAGACAGUAAAGCUGCACAUUUGCGAGCGAAUCUACGUUUGGCUAUGGGACUUCCUGGUCGGUAGCGCCGCCUAUCCGAUGCAACACUCCGUAGGCAUAGAAGUGCGGGUGACGAACGAGAUCCCCGCGCCCUCGGGAAACGGGGGCGACAGGAGGGACGCCGCCCCCCCAUGGAUCGCCACGUCCGCAUCCGGCCAGGCGACGCCACCCACGCCGACGAAUCCGCACCAGUACUUGUCGCCCCACGUCUUCCAAGGACGGAACUCGCUAUGUUCCGCGAACGAUUACACUCUGCGCAGGAGGCGUCCCAUGACCCUGCGGAUCGGACCCCGAUUGAGUCUGCCCUGCAGAAGCACAUCGGCUCCGACCACUACGACCGACGGGGAGUGGCCCGCCUUAAGGUACUUACUCGAUUACCCGUACUCAGCCUAA